GGAGGGGAGCGAAGCGCCGCCGGAUAAAUACUGUGGCCCGGCCCCGCCCAUCGACCUCACUUCCGCCCCGCGGCAAGAUGGCGGCGCCCGGGCCUUGCCACGCAGACUUCCGCCCGGCGACGAGGCCGAGGGCCGGCUGCGGGCUGCCUCGGAGGCAACAUGUCGGAAGGAAAUGCUGCGGGCGAGCCCGGCGCCCCGGGAGCGUCUCGACCUCUCCUCUCUGGGGCCCGGGGACUCAUCGGCCGGAGGCAGGCGCCUCCCCUUUCCCCGGGCCGCCUUCCUUCCAUCCGCUCCAGGGACCUCACCCUCGGGGGAGUCAAGAAGAAAACCUUCACUCCAAAUAUCAUCAGUCGGAAGAUCAAGGAAGAGCCCAGAGAAGAAGUAACCAUCAAGAAGGAGAAACGGGAAAGAGAUCGAGACCGACAGCGAGAGGGCCAUGGACGGGGCCGCGGUCGCCCAGAAGUGAUCCAGUCCCACUCUAUCUUUGAGCAGGGCCCAGCUGAAAUGAUGAAGAAAAAGGGGAGCUGGGAUAAGACGGUGGAUGUGUCAGACGUGGGGCCCUCUCACAUCAUAAAUAUCAAAAAAGAGAAGAGGGAGACGGAUGAGGAAACUAAACAGAUCCUGCGCAUGCUGGAGAAGGAUGAUUUCAUCGAUGACCCUGGGCUGAGGAAUGACACUCGAAACAUGCCUGUGCAGCUGCCGCUGGCUCACUCAGGGUGGCUUUUUAAGGAAGAGAAUGAAGACUCAGAUGUUAAACCUUACCUGACUGGCCCUAAGGAGGAGGACAUGGAGGUGGAUAUGCCCAUGGUGAAAGUGAAGGAGGAGCCACGAGAUGAGGAAGAGGAGGCCAAGAUGAAGGCUCCCCCCAGUGCAGCCAGAAAGACCCCUGGCCUCCCGAAGGACAGGUCCGUGGCAGAGCUGCUCAGGGAGCUGAGCCUCACACAGGAGGAAGAGCUGCUGUUCCUCCAGCUGCCAGACACACUCCCUGGCCAGCCGCCUACUCAGGACGUCAAGCCUAUCAAGACGGAGGUGCAGAGCGAGGACGGACAGGUGGUGGUUGUGAAGCAGGAGAAAGACCGGGAAGCCAAGCUGGCAGAGAAUGCCUGUACCCUGGCGGCCCUGACAGAAGGUCAGGUGGGCAAGCUGCUCAUCCGCAGGUCGGGAAAGGUGCAGCUGCUCCUGGGCAAAGUGACUCUGGACGUCACCAUGGGCACCACUUGCUCCUUCCUGCAGGAGCUGGUGUCCGUGGGACUGGGAGACAGCAGGACGGGUGAGAUGACAGUCCUCGGACACAUAAAACACAAGCUUGUGUGUUCCCCCGAUUUUGAAUCACUCUUGGAUCACAAACACCGGUAAAAUGAGCAGAUGGAGGAUGACUGGGGACUGUGCCCACGGCUGCUGCCUACUCCAGACUUUUUGUU